AUGAAUGAUGAUUAAACUUGGAAAUACUAUUAAAGUUACAAAUUGUUGUUAAAACCCCUCAAGAAAAGGUGUUGAGUCAAAAGCAAAAAAACACUUAAGGAAUUUCCAUAAAAUUGAGAGAAAAAUUAGCAACCUUAAAAAAAAGAAAUACAAAGUAAUAAAAAACUAAAAUCGAAAUCCUUGAACCACAAAACAACAAUUGGUAUAGAAAAUAAAAAUGGGAUUUGAUGAGUUUAUAGCCUCAAGGGUUUUACAAACAGCAGCAUCAGGAAAAGUAACCACAGAAGUACCAUCAACAGCAACAAAUUGUAUAAAAAUUGUAAACAACAACAGCAAUAAAAACAUCGAUAAAAUAGACAAAUCAAAAGAUAACUUUGUAAAAAGGUUGCUGGCAACUUCUGCCACAGCAGACAAAGAAGUCUUAUUAAAUUUUAUAGGUGACCAGAAACAGUUAACAACAACACUUUCAUACCACCACCAGCAAAAACCGCAAUUGCAACAGCCAAUAGAAUUUUGCAAUAGUAUUAGAAUUUAUUCUAAAAAUUAUGGAGAUUUUUGUGUGAUACCAAUUCUAACUUCAACAUCAUAAAACUUAAAAUAUCCUUGAAGUAUUAAAAAUAGAAAUUGAAGAAUAACAUAUUUGUUGUAAAAAGAAUUGUUAAAAAUUAAAAUAAAAUCCUUAAAUUAGUUAUAAUUUGUAAGAGAAAGUGAAAAAAACAUGCAACGUUUACGUACAACAUUUACGCGUUCGCGUACCCCAACUGGUGCUGAAAUGAAAACUCAAAAUAGUCUUGAAGUACCAAAACAGGUACGUUCGGCUUCAUUUGAUGAAAUGCAACUGGAGGCUCAACGCAUGUCUUCGCACUUUCUCAAACAACAAUCGUCCUCCGAUGAACGUUCAUCCGAGGGAGGAUUUCUGCAAGUUCCUCAAGCUUCACAUACACAGCGAUCACAUUCCUUCGAUUCGGCAGCUGCUUCAGCGGGUAGUGAUGAUUCGGGUACUUUUUUGGAGGUACCAAGGAGAGGUAAAACCCGCCGUAGUUCCUCUACCAAAACACCGCCUCCCUGUAUACAUUGUUUAUAUCUGGAAGAGUAUGAGAAACAAAUGUCGGUGGAACAGCGUUAUUUUAUCGAUCAUCGGGAAAUUAAAAGUCUGAGUUAUAGUUAUAGCAGUUCCGAGGGUAGUGGUGAUGAAGAUGAUGAUGGUGACGAGGAAGAGGGUGAGGAAGGUGAAGAUGGUGAGGCCACGGAUGAGGAUGUUAAUCCUUGUACCGAAGAUGAACAAUUGGGUGGUGAGUCUAUAGAUGUUUAUGAUGAUGCGGCCUUGGAAAUGGAUAUACGUUUGGGUGGCAUGUCUAGCGGUAUAGAUGAGACCAGAGCUCGUUUGCCUCGACAAAUGCGUCGCCAUACUAUAGGCAGUUCAGUUACCACCUCAGAAGAUGAGGGUCUCGAGGAGUCAGAACAUGAUUCUCCGCAUUUUGGCAAUACUCUUAUGCCCCCGCCUCCUACUACGCCCUGUGGCAUAACAUUUACUUUAUCGCCUACAAAUGGUGAUUAUCCGCCUUUUCCUGCCUACUCAUUUCCCAUCGAUCCCGGUUCACCUCCUGUUUCGCCUUUAUUCUCAUUAUCGGUGUGUGAGAGUCCGGUUAUGGAACUGCCACCGCCACCACCCAUUUCACCUUUAGAAUUACUGCCACAACCACCAUCAUUCGAUUUAACUUUACCACCACCACCAGCCUUUAGUACUGAUCUUCCUCCUGCCUCUGAUACAGCCACAGCAAUAACAACGACUACAGAUGACAAUGAAAACAACAGUUCCAAUACUAAUUCUAUGCCACCACCACUCUCGCCCUCUACACAACGACCACGAAGACGUUCUAUUUCCCGCCAAGAAGCUAUUUUCGUUGAGCCCACUGGCAAUUCUCUGGAAAAUGUCUCACAAGAAGAACAACAUAAAUCUUCGGUGGAUGCUAUCGAUUCGGUCGAUGAAGUUUCCACCAUGGCCACAUGUGGCUCACCGACCGCCGCUAAGCACGCACUUGUUGUACGUGAUAUUUAUCUAACUGUACCUGAUUUGAGACGUGAUCGUGCUGCGUCUGUUGACUCCUGCUUUUCGAAAGUUUCCUCGGGUGGCAAAACGGAAGAACUCCAACCCAGUGAUGGUUGUUUUCUAACAGUGCCCAAUAUCAAUGCAACACGUUCACGUUCCGUUGAUAUUGUGCUGCCAACGGAUGAGCAGGCACGUUAUAAAGCUUUAGCUAUGGCUGGCACGUCUGCCAUGUAUGCUGAUGG